AACAUGAAAUAUAGUUAAAGUCAACUUUGUACGCAGAUCUUUCAUUAUAUGCAUAAGUUUUAGAUUAAUCCCGGUAUUCUAUAUAGAAGCGACAUGGGGACAAGGUUUAUUUGUAUAUGAAACUAUAUCCUGUCGCGCAUACGCGUCAGAAAUGCCGGGUCAACGGAAAGAAAGAUUUUAAUCUGAUGAUAUGUAAAACAAAAAAUUUGGAUUGAUACCUGUGCUGUGCAAAAAAACUGAUCGUUGUCACUUGGAAAAAACAAGCCUGAGUAGAAGUUUCGAAAAAAAAUGCAUAUCGUACGCGUGCAUCGAAAAAAAGUGGCGCUUACAUUGUUACUAACCAUGCUUGUCGUAACAGCGAUGUUUCAGUCGAUACAAAUGUCGCUACAAAAGCGAGUUACGAACGUUAGAAUCGCUAUUAAAGGAAUGUCAGAUGACACACUGAGAGAAAACGAAAUUUUAAAACAACGCAGUGAGUUACAUAAACAAUCAGUUGAAGUUAGGAACGAAGAUGUUACAGACCGCGAGUUUACUUCGCGACAAAAAACCAAUUCGUUUACAAAAAAUCAAAUUGAGUUUAAUCAAAGCGUCGACUCAACAACAACGCGGUACAAACUGCUGAUAUUAACGUUUGGAGGCAUGGAACUAACAAUGUCAUUGGAUGCCAUAAACAACAACAAUGACGUCAUUUACUGGCAUGAACCAAUGAAAAUUUGGGCAAGAAUACAUGAGCGGUGGUCAGGUAGUGACAUAAAAAUUUACGAAAUUGACCCCCUGAGAAAUUCUAAGUACUCUGAUCGUAACGACAAUGUUUAUAACAGCACAGCCGAAUUUUACAACGAACUUUUCUCAUGUCAAUUUUCAUCAAAAAUCGAACCCUUUAUUUUCAAAGCUGCUAAGAUAUGUCCGGACUUGCUCAUGCUGUCCGGUGCUAUAAGAAAGCUAUUGCGGUGUUCUCAACGACAAGCUCAAUACACAUGCGCAGUGUUUAAUAUUACGGCAACGAAAAUAAACGAAAUGUGUAGUAUGAAAAAGCACAAUGUUAUUGUGAAGGAGAGCGAGGAGAGCUUACACAGUCUGCAGAUAUUAUAUCAAAAUUUAAAAGACAACAUCAGGCGUUCAUUAAAAGUAUUACAUUUAGUCCGGGAUCCGCGGGCUGUUUUAUUCGACUUUUCGCAUCAUGGUCGUGUACCUACGAAUGUUUUUAGAACUGAUUUCCGCGAACAAGUGGAAUUUGUCUGUAAUCGUUUAAUUAGCGAUCUCGAAUUUUGCGAGAAAGAGUUACGUUUUACGAACGAAUACGCGUUGUAUCGAUAUGAAGAUUUCGAAAUGAAUUUCCAAAAAAUAAUUCGUAAUGUGUUAAAAAUAAAAACAUCGUCAUAUGAGAAUAGUCGUGAAACACGAAGAAACUAUACAAAACUUAAUGCAAACGGGUGGAGAAAAGAUAUACCAAUGCAGUUCUCCGCCUCCGUUGAAAAUAUUUGUUGGGAAAGUAUAACUACUUUACAUUACGCAUUUGUCGGCUUGCAAGAAGAACACAUGCGGGGAAGUGCUCCACUGAUAGACUAGCAUAUGUAUGUUAAUAAACUUUAAUAUAUUAAUUUCUUAGAAAAAAAUAGGCAGUGGAGGGGGAACUUGCUCUCCUCCUAUGUGAAAAAUGUAAGAGAACUUUAAAUGUCAAAUUUGACUCAAAGAAACAACCAAGACUUAUGCACGAUUUGCACUGAACAACGAUAAUUGUUGAAUUGUAACUUUCUGCUCCACGAUAGAGGUUUUGCGCGCUUCAUCGCGAGCGAUUUUAUUCGUCGUGUUGACACAAUUAGGGCAGGUGAUUUAACCAGUCACAAAAUUUAAAAACACUUUAAAAUCUUUAUGUUUGAUCACAAAGAAUCAGAACUUACAUACAAAACCAUGCGUUUACUGAAAAAAUUUGAC